AUGCAGAUUUACAAUGCCUUAUGCCCACAAACCUCCCUUCCUAAGCCCCGUCGCGUCGGCCUCCGUACCCUCUACGACCCCUCCAAGCCGCCCUCUGCCAACACAGUUUUAGACGCGGGCGCACUUGUUCUAUACUUCCCAGCACCGAAGACCGUCACGGGCGAAGAAAUUAUCGAGUUCCACAUCCAUGGUGGGCCCGCGAUCGUCAAGGCCGUUCUCGCCGCCAUCGCGCGCACUAAUGGAUCGGAGACCGUCGUGCGUUACGCUGAGCCGGGCGAGUUUACACGGCGUGCUUUCAUGAACGACCGACUUGGGUUACCUCAGAUCGAAGCUUUAGGAGAUACAUUAUCUGCUGAUACUGAGCAGCAGCGACGCCUAGCAGUGCGCGGCUCUAGCGACGCGCUACUUAACCGUUAUGAGCUUUGGCGGCAACAAUUGCUUUAUGCGCGUGGCGAACUAGAGGCCCUGAUUGAUUUCUCUGAAGAUCAACACUUUGAUGAGUCAACCGAAGAGCUGGUUUCCUCGGUUUCUACACAGGCGAAGACACUUCAGAUGCAAAUUGGGCUUCAUAUCCAGAAUGCGUCCAAGGGAGAAUUGCUCCGUAAUGGCAUUCGUGUUGCCCUGCUGGGUGCCCCGAAUGCGGGGAAAAGCUCUUUAUUAAACCGAAUUGUUGGCAAGGAGGCUGCUAUCGUCAGUACCGAGGAAGGUACUACUCGUGAUAUCGUUGAUGUUGGCGUUGACCUGGGAGGAUGGUACUGUAAACUCGGUGACAUGGCUGGCAUACGCGCAGAGCGCAGAGACUCGGGAUCCAAUGACUCCGUUGUAAUUGGAGCCGUGGAGAAAGAAGGAAUUCGUCGCGCAAGGGCUCGAGCUUUGGAGUCCGACGUUGUUGUGGUUGUGCUUUCUCUUGAAGACGCUACAGGCGGUCCUGUUCUAUUCGUAGAACCCGAGGUAGUUGAUGCAGUCAAUGAUUGCAUCCACGCUGGAAAGCAUCUUGUCAUCGCGAUUAACAAAUGCGACAGGCUUUCACCUCACAGAAGUGAAGGCCCGUCGUCACAAGGCAUGGCAGAUACUGUUCGCGCCUUCUUCCCUAGCGUCUCUCUUAGUCGAGUUUUCGCCAUAUCGUGUGAACAAGCCGAAACCGGGACUUCAUCUGCAGAGCUUAGUGAUCCCGGUCAUCUUCAGCGCUUCUUAAACGGCUUGAUCUCGACCUUUGAGGAGAUUGCUUCACCAUUGACUCUCGCAGGAGAACAGCACUCCCACUAUGAUACGUCAUAUUGGGAAGAUUCACUUGGUGUAACCCAUCGGCAAAGUUCAAAUUUACAACAGUGUUUGGAACAUCUUGACAAUUUCAUUUCGCAAACGACUACAUCUACUGUUAACGAUGCAGGAUCUUCCUCCAGAAACACUAUUGACUCUGUAGAAUCCGAAAUUGACAUUGUGACCGCUGCCGAACACCUACGGUUUGCGGCAGAUAUGCUGGCUAAAAUCACUGGAAAGGGCGAAAGUGGUGACGUCGAGGAUGUGUUGGGUGUUGUCUUUGAAAAGUGA